AUGCCCACUGUCUCUUCUGUCAAUCAUACGGGACGACUACUCCUGCUGUUGCUAUGGGCAACCCACCUCACCAUGGCAACCAACUGGAUUUCUCUGGUACGUGUACCACGCUCUCGGCCGGUCUCCGGCUCGGGGGUGUGUAUGCGUCUACGUGGUCUGUCGAUGGGGCAGGUGGGUGUGUGUAGGGCAAGAGGGGAAGUGAUGGAAUCUAUUCGGAAAGCUGCUGAGAUGGUAAUAGAGGAGUGCCAGCAUCAGUUCCGAAAUCGGAGGUGGAACUGCUCCACCACUCCACGUGGCAUCAACGUGUUUGGCCGUGUGAUGAAUCAAGGGACACGGGAGGCAGCGUUUGUUCAUGCUCUUUCCUCUGCAGCUGUAGCGGUCGCAGUAACACGAGGCUGCAGCAGGGGAGAGCUGGAGAGAUGCGGCUGUGACCGAAAGGUCAGGGGGGUCAGUCCAGAGGGGUUCCAGUGGUCAGGUUGUUCAGACAAUUUGUCAUACGGUGUUGCCUUAUCACAGACAUUUGUUGAUGAGCCAGAGCGAGCGAAGGGCACCUCUUCAGGGCGUCCACUAAUGAACAUCCACAAUAAUGAAGCAGGAAGAAAGGCUAUUCUCCAUAACAUGCAGGUGGAGUGUAAGUGCCACGGAGUUUCGGGUUCCUGUGAACUCAGAACCUGUUGGAAGGUGAUGCCUCCAUUUCGUAGGGUCGGUUCUGUACUGAAAGAACGAUUUGAUGGAGCCACUGAGGUACGUCUGACAAGAAUUGGUUCUCGAGCUGCUCUACUGCCGAAGGAUCCUCAUGUGAAACCCCCUGCUGCACGUGAUCUCGUCUACCUGACCACUUCCCCCGAUUUCUGCCACCUGGACCCUGAGAACGGCAUCCUGGGAACUGCUGGUCGCCGCUGCAAUGGAACUUCCCGUUUAGCCCCAGACGGUUGUGAGCUGUUGUGCUGUGGUCCUGGUUACAGAUCCGGUCGGGCAGAGGUGGUUCAGCGCUGCUCCUGUAAAUUCUCCUGGUGCUGCUCGGUCCGCUGUCAACAGUGCAAAAACACUGUACAAAUACACACCUGUAGAGAGUGA